AUGAAUAUGCUAACUGGUUGUGAGUUAGUUCAAAGAGGUACUACAAAAAUUGACGCCUCGUUACCUGAGCUUGGUGUUAAGGAGGUGACUCCAAAUGGAACUUGGUUGGAGCAAAAACAGAUACAGGCAGCUAUAGAAGCUAGAAAAAAAUUGAUCGAAAUUCAACGUAUCGAAAAAAAAGGAGCCAUGAGUCAUGCGGUAUGGAAAGAUAAUUUAAAGCUAGCUGAAGUUACCCAUAAAGUGGGCGGUCAUUGGCAACACAUGGGACACAAUGUAGGAAAACAACUUUAUAUUAGAGCCGAAGAAGCUUUGUUUCUGAUGGAACUUAAUUGCCUAUAUCUCAAAUUCAAUGAUGUGGUUGUGUCUCUACAACAGGCAUAUUCUUUGUUUCUUGGACAACUAAUAUCACAUCAACAGUACAAAGUUUAUGCAUCACUCAGUAGGUUGGGUUACCGUGUAUAUAAACAUGAGACUUUGGAGAAAGAAAUUAAUAAUCCCACUACCAGCAAUAAUGCUAACAAAGUUAAUAUUGGUAGCUCGAAAGCAAGUUGUUCCAUUGGGAAUCCGACUACGGUAAAUAUUAAAUUGGAAAGAAUGGAUGAAUAUGAAGAUAUACAAAUCAAACAAGAACCAGAUACAGAAGAAUAUAAUGCAGGUGAUGUAAACCAAGGUAUUUUAAGCGUACCUAUAAAGAAAGAAUUCCCACAAUCCGAUAGCGAUAUGGAAACGAGCGCUUCAAAUUCAAUACAGGGCAGUAGCCAAGAUAAAACAGAUAAUAAUUGCUGCAAAAUAAAACUUAAGAAUUUGAAAAGCAGAAAGCUUAAACCGUGCAGCGGAAAAGUUUUACACAAGUAUUUUAAUAACUUACCCGAGCUUAUAGGAACAUCAACGGUCAUUGUUAAGAAACCAAAUAUUAUGUAUUUACCUAUAAACGUUAUAUUGAAGAGAGUAGAGUAUACUGUCAAUUUAUUAAACAUAAGGGAAAAGGGUGAGAGGACUGAUGUAUCGGAUACGAAUAUAUAUAAUGAAGGAGACGAGGUUAAUGGCAGUCAUGUUAGAAGGUUGAGGAGUUCAGCUAGCAGGUCAGAUACUGGCGGAACAGAACAAUCUAAUUUAAGGUUCCCGUCACAUAACCCACAGUAUCGACCAUACAAUAUGUGGAGGGACCGACACAGCUUCAACUAUUUCAACUUCAACAUGUUCUUCCAAAGAAACUUCUCCCCACCCUGGUACACAAACUCAAAUUGUCAAUUCACACCGAGAAACCACGCCUACCCUCGGCCGACACUGAGCUUACACAACCGGAUUCAACCCCAAAGCAGGAAGAGACCUAAAAAUAACACGCAAAAACAACAUUUAGACGGUAUUAAAAGACUUAGUGCCAAAUUAAAAUUACUGCUACAGAACGGAAACAUGGACCCGGUGAAUAUACAGUCGCUGCAAAGACUCAUUCAUCUAUACAACAAGCGGUACAAGGCAAGAAUCAGGAUAAGUCCGGACUUUGAUAUCGUUGAUGAAAACGUAUUGGACACCAUCGACCUAGAUGAUGAAGAACCGGCGGAAAAGAGACGCAGAAAUAAUGACGACCGAGCGUUCAAAGAAAACCUAGAACAGUUACAACAACUGGCAUCUAAACUGAAGGUCUUAGAAGAAAACAAGAAAUCAUCAGCCAGACACCGAAGAGCUUUAUCCAAGCUAUUGAAAGUGUUCAACGAAUCCUAUCAAGAGGAAUACUAUCUAUCAGAAGACCACGAAAUAAAAAAUCCAAGACAUAUAACUCUUGAUACGUCAGAUUCGGAGUCGGAUGUAUUAAUAAACGAAGGUGCUCCGAAACGAUCCAAAGGGAAAAAAGUUAAAAACCCAUUCAACAUAUUGAAGAGACUCACGGAAAAACAGAAAGAUGGGAACACAUCAUCCGCGAGCGACGAUUGUGAUGCACAGGAAUGUAAGAAGUAUAGUGACGUGUUAGUGAAGACAUUUACUAAAGGCUGGCUGCCGAAAGAGGAUGAUUUUGGUAGGGCUGAAGUUGUUAAGAAGGAUUCCAUGAACCUAGCAUGUAAUCACGACGAAAAAGAUCUAAGAAGAGAGGAAUUCAUGUACGACUUCCUUAAAAUACAAUCCACAAAAUCCGACGACUGGUUGAAUCUCAAAAUAUCAUUUUACCAGAGUUUCGGUGAGGCCAUGGCCGAGUUCCAAGGAAAUAUGAACGCUUUGAGACAAGCUAGCUCGAAUGUUACAGUUAAAUCCGAAGAUAACUCAAUGGCAUCUGUCUUAAGAAAACUGACUAUCAUUAGAAGAGAUGACAGCCUCAAUGAUGAAUGCAAUCUUAAGAUUGAUUUCGAUGUUUACAACCGAGAUGUUCAAAACUUCAGGAAGACUAAUCGCCCAACACCACAUUUUCGUUUAAUUGCCCUCGAUGAAUCAUCAAACAUACCAUCAGGAAAGGAAAUAGCAACACUGGUAUCUAAAUACAAGGACGAUGUUGCCAUCGUAUUCGCUGUAGUCGGCAUGAAUUCCAUCGGUUACAUACAAAUCAAGCCGACAGUGUUGCCAGUUUUCCUUCCAAAUGAAUCUUAA